AUGAAUAUGACAUCCCCCCCUCCAACAAUAGCCGACUCUGAAAAUAAAACCUGUUCUCCGGAAAAAGGCGAAGGAAUUAUUAUUUUUGCAAUCUUCACUGUGCUUUUUUGUGUGUUGGGAAUGUUGGGCAACGGCCUCGUGAUCUGGCUGCUGGGCUCCUCCGUGAAGAGGAACACUUUUGCCAUUUAUAUUAUCAACCUCUCUGUUGCGGAUUUUGGUUUCCUCACCUUUGAGCUGAUUAUCGAAAUCCACUGGUUUUUUACACAUUUGUAUUGUGACUUUCCCUAUGAACUCUUCCAAACGGGCUUGCUGUUAAUGUACAGUACGGGGCAAUUUCUCCUGACCAUCAUCAGCAUCGACAGAUGUGUUUCGGUCCUUUUCCCAAUUUGGUAUCGAUGCCAUCGGCCGGCGCAUUUAUUCACUAGUGUGUGUGCUGCCAUCUGGGCCAUUUGCUUCAUCCUCUCUUUAGUUUACUUCACAAUUGCAAGUUUUCAUAAAUAUGAACUGAAACAUUCCCUGAAGUAUCAGUUCAUCGUUAACGCUGUGCUUUGUCUCCCACUUAUGACCAUCUCCAGUGUGGUAUUAUUUGUCAAAAUCUACUUCCUAUCCAAAAUCCAAAGGCGGAGGAAGCUUUUGACAGCUGUUUUGCUCACGCUUUUCUUCUUUUUAGUCUUGGCUUUUCCGCUAAAUGCCUUUUAUUUUAUUCUAUAUGUUUUCAAAAAUAUACAUCCCAACCUUUUAUAUUAUGGCUACUUAUGUACCUGUAUCAAUAGCAGCAUUAACCCUCUGAUCUAUUAUCUAGUGGGGAGACAGAAGGGUAAAACUCAGCGAAACAUCAAAGACUUGCUUCAGAAAGUUUUCAAGGAGGAAGAAAAUUCUAGUGAUCAAAUGGAAACUUCAGAAGGUUCCAAGAUCUGA